UUCUCCGGUCAACGUUCUCGUUUCGACGGCCGAUGUCUCAGAUACCCGAUGACAUCUCCUCCAGACAUUUAGAGAAGCUUAAUAAGAAUCCGUACUUCUUAGCUUGGGAUAGUGUACGACAUGUAUGAGCCUUGGACGUGAGUCCGAGUCGGAAGACGAACUUUGCGCGACGUGGGUCGCGUUUUCACAGAACGAGCGCCGAGACUGGAACUGCAUGCGGAUAUGUCCGUGCCCGCGAGAGCUAUGUUGCCGUGUUCGGCGAUCUGAGUCCGGUCCAUCCUCUGAUCUGGAAAGUGUCUGGUCCAGGGGUGGACUAAACUGGAACGAGAUUCAAUUUGUUGACCGAGAUCGAGGGACUGCGGCCUUGGAGGUGGACGAGUGCGGAUAUGUGCGGUCGUUGAGUUAGCGGACUCUGUUGGCUCCCUGCCUUUGGUGAGAU